AGCCAUGUCCUCAGGGUGCAUCGAGGUUCUCCUUUGGGUUGAAAGAAGCUCGAGUUGAAUUGGCCUGGACUCUACUGCCCCCUGCUGGUUGGUGUGAGCCAAACAGGCUUUUAUUAUGCCUUUUAUUGUCCCUGAGUGAGAAUUUUAAUUACUGCUUAGUGGUUAAAACAAAGUCCCACAAUGUCAGCUUAUCUCCUCCAACGCUGCUAUUUUUACUGGUGUUUUUGUGUCACACUUGCAUACGCUGCAAAAACACAAUCAAGCAAAAUAGAUGAGAUCUCCCCUUUUUUUCCCAGUUUUAAACCAACACAAAGUUGAAGCCGUAAGCUGCAUUUUGGUGUCUGGUCCCCAUUUUUUUCCCCAGAGACAAAGCCUCACCGCCGCUCUGCCGUCCCGCGUUGCCUCGAGGUAAUUAAAAUGUCAAACCUGUUCACCACGUAGCUGAAUGGUGAUAAUAUGGAUUUGUUUUCCGAGGAGACUGCACAAUGAAGUCUUAAAAAGAAAAAAUGUUGACAAAAACACAUCCGAUUUCAUACGGCAGACUCUAUUUUCAGAUAACAAGCCAGGAAUUUGAACUCCCAGUUGGUGUUGCGUCACAUACAUCACGCAGAGCUCUGUCUGACAUUCGAGACGUAUUUUCUUCUCGGUAUGGAUACAAUAACACCAAGAUGUGUCUCUCUGUGCUUUUGGACAGGACUGGGAAUUGUCAAACCCUGAAUAGACAGAGGAGACGCAUCCCCCUGGGCAAAGGUGUUAAGAGUUUGUAUGUGUGUGAACGCCCCCCCACCCCGCCUCACUCCUCUUCCUCCUUUUGUGUGAGACAAUGAAUGUAUGUGUGAUAAUGUGUGAAUGAGCUUGUGAGUACUGCCCCACGGGACGUCGGUGUGAGGACAGGAGGUUGGGUUUUGUAGCGCGUAGGUCCAGGUCGCUUGUGCCUCAUGCAGUUUGAGUUUAAGUCUAAGGUGAGGUGAAGCUGGACAGAAGCAUGGAUUGGAUCUGGACCCUGCUUGUGUGCCUGGGAGUCGUGUGGUGUCCUGCGCCUGGUUCGACUCAGGAUUCCCCCAAGACAUUGUUUCUGAUCUCCAGUCCAGAGGUGGUGCAUGCUGGGGCAUCCACUCCGCUGGCUGUCACCGUCCUUGCUGACUUCCCUGUCAGGCUGAUGGCUGAAGUGGAGCACGGCAACGCUAGUGCGGCCCAAACGGAGGACUUCGAAGGAGGUGUAACCAGGGUCCUCACACUCCCGCCUGUUCUCGGAUCCGUAACCCAGAACUCCCCCUUAAACCUGAGGGUGAGCGGCUACAAGGGGGCCGAUCUCAUUUUCACCAACACCACCACCCUCACCUUCAGGAACGUCUCCUCCUUCAUCCAGACUGACAGAUCACGCUACCAGCCGGGCGACACCGUCAAAAUCCGAGUUGUGUCCGUUCAGUCUCAUAACCACCCAUACAAAGGCAGGGUGGACAUCUCCGUACAGGAUCCCAGUGGGAACAUUGUGGACAGCUGGGAGUCCACAGGGAAUCUGGGGAUCGUGUUGCGGGAAUUCAUUUUAUCCCAGGCGCCUCCUCUUGGACAGUGGGCAGUCACAACCACAGUGAAUGGCGUGAUUGACGAGAGAGCAUUUCUUGUGGAGCAUCAUGAUCGUCCUCCCUUUGGAGUGCUCCUCAAGACCCCUUCACAGGUCCUCGCUGGAGGUGACAUCACAGGAUCAGUGAGAGCGCUGUACCCCAGCGGACAGCCUGUACGGGGAACUCUAGCCAUCUCAGUCACUCUGGUGUCUGUUACGCAGUAUGCAGCCGCUCCAUUCAUGCAGACACAAACUAAAGGGAUCUAUGGGUCAGCGCAGUUUUUCUUCUCCAAAGAGCAGCUUCAAGCCCUUCCCAGUGACGGCCGGUUGCACGUUACCGCCUGUGUUACUGACGGCAUCACAGGAUUUAAAUUGAACAAAACCGUUGAAGUCCACCUCAUGAGGAACAUAUUCCAGCUCGAGUUUCGUGAUUUUCCACCAAAACUGAAGCCGUCUUUACACUUCUCUUCAACACUAAGGAUCUCCAGAUAUGACGGAAAGCCACUCGGCUCAGAGGAUCUGAUGUACUCGGCUGUGAUUGAAGUCACUCAGAGAACAUCGGCAAUGAGUGAUGAACCCACGACUCUGACACUUCCAGUGCCCGAGGACGGGAACGUCCACAUCAAGUUUAAGUUACAGGAACAAGUAGUGACGCUUUUUAUUCGGGCGAGAUUUCAGUCCAGUGAGCAGACUCUGAUGCUCUACAACAACCACUCCUCUCCUAGUGGCUCCUAUAUUCAGAUCUCUCCAAUCAGCUCAACUGCACAGAUUGGGGAUCCUCUUCAACUUGACGUGGAGAGCACCUUUCCGCUCACUAAGCUUCACUUUGUGGUGAGCUCCGGAGGUCAAGUGGUGUCCGCGGGGACAGAGAGCUCCUCCUCUUUCUCUGUGACGCCGACAGCGUCCUGGUCCCCCGAGGCCUGUGUCACCGUCUACUGCAUCCUCUCUGACGGAGAGGUCACCAGUGACACGGUGCAUGUGUCCAUCAACCAGGACAACCAUGUGUCUCUAGAGUGGAGCAGUGACAGAGCCCAGCCAGGUGUGCAGGUAUCGCUAGCUUUGUCUCCCCUUGAAGCCCCGUUCCACGUAGGAGUCAUGGUCAUGGGGACACACAGUGACACCCCGCGGGCUGACCUCAACUUGAAAGUGAUGCAGAUUAAUUACAAGGCUCCAGCCUUCCCAGUCUCCUUACCCUGGUGUAAAUUCUCCCUAGACACACCACCAUGUGUAGACACUGUACAGGAGUGCAAUAUCAAGACGCUGACCAAUGCCAGACUGUAUGAGGAAAAGCAGCACGAUGGAAAUGAAGGAGACGCCCUCUUGGUAGAGAAGUACUGGGACCACUGGAUGGAAGCCACUGAACCCCUGCUGUGGUUAGACACUUAUGUUAGUGAUGAAACGGGGGCCAGCUGGAAGGUAACCGUGCCGGACGGCGUUUCCUCUUUGAGAGCAGUUGCACUGGUGAUGUCAGAUAACAUGGGUUUGGACUUCACUCCCGUGCCACGAGAGUUGAGCGUGUCCAAAGAUUUUUCCUUGUCUUUGGAUGCCCCGUCGCACCUCAUCAGAGGAGAGGAGAUCGUGCUGGAGGUGAACGUCGUCAACCAUUUAGCGCACGACAUCGAGGUCAUCCUGCUGCUAGCACAGAGUGAGGCUUAUGAGUUUGUUUUGGAGGACGGACAGGAAAUCUCUGUGAUAAAUGCCCACAAACUCAGCUUGGGGAGCCACGGGUCUGCGUCAGCGCUGUUCGCUAUAAGGGCCGUGGCUCUGGGCGUGAUGGAAGUGUCUGUAGACGCCGUGUCUGCAGAGGCCUCGGACAGCCUUGUUUGGACAGUGCUUGUGAAGCCCGAGGGAGUUGAACGGUCCUUCUCAGAGACUCUGUUCCUGGAGCUGGUACAACGCAACAGUUCCACAUCCGCCUCCUACUCCUAUCCGCCAGAUGUGGUUCCAGGCAGCCGGAGGGCCCAUGUGGCAUUGGUUGGUGACAUCAUUGCCACGGCCAUCGAACACAUGAAUUUGUUGGUUCAGAAGCCUCUUGGCUGUGGGGAGCAGAACAUGAUCCACUUUGCUCCAAGUGUUUAUGUGCUUCAGUACCUGGACAUGUCAGCCCAGGACGAUGAGGACAUCAGGAGCAGGGCUCUGCGCUUCAUGAUGGAAGGCUAUCAGCGACAACUGUCCUACCAAAGAAAUGAUGGUUCAUUUGCUGCUUUUGGAGCCAGCGACACAUCUGGUAGCACAUGGUUGACAGCCUUUGUGCUGAAGUGCUUCAUCCAGGCUCAGCCCUACAUGCAGGUAGACCAGAGUGUCCUGAGCAGGGCCGUGGCUUGGCUCGUGAAACAGCAGGGGCCCCAGGGAGAGUUCAGUGAGGCUGGCAGGUUGAUCCACACAGAAAUGCAGGGAGGGCUGGAUAAUGGUCCGGUAGCACUCACUGCCUUUGUGCUGAUUGCGCUGCUGGAGGACGAGAGCUAUGCGGACAUGUACCCAAGUAAUGUGUCCCUGGCCGUGAGGUACCUGGAGGACAAAGUGUCCAGUGGAGUGGUCAGUAACUACAGCCUGUGUCUGGUGGCCUACGCUUUAUCUCAGGCCAAUAGUCCUGUGGCUGGAACUGCACUUGAUGAGCUCAAGCGUAGAGCAGAUUACAGAGAUGGAGUCAUGACGUGGGCCUCCUCAGCCGGCCUGGACUCGCACGACUGGCAGCCGCGCUCAGCUCAGAUCGAGAUGACCUCUUACGUGCUGCUGGCUUUUUUUAGGCGUGGCAGCUUGGUGGAGGGCUUUGUGCUCAUGAAAUGGUUAAGCAAGCAGAGGAACCAUCUAGGAGGCUACGGGACGACACAGGACACAGUGGUUGCCCUCCAGGCUCUGGCUAUCUACGCUGCACUGAGCGGAGCCAACGCCAUCAACCUUAUGGUCAAAAUAUCUUCCCCAACGUCUUCGUUUGUGUCGCUGUUUCACAUCAACUCCACCACCUAUCGCACGUAUCAGAGCCGACAGAUUGACGCCGACAAAGAUGUAAACCUAAAUAUAUACAUGGAAGGAAGAGGAUUUGCAAUGGUUCAGAUAAUUAUCUUCUACAACCUGGAGAGCAAAGCAUUUUCAAAGAGCCUCGCCACAGCCCAGGAGGCUUUCUCAUUGAGUGUGGAUGGUACUGGGGAUACAGACCACAAUCACCUACAGUUAUCUAUAUGCAUGAGAUUAAAGGACGAUCAGCUGAUUUCUCAAACAGGCAUGGCCAUAUUGGAUGUGGGCAUGCUCAGCGGCUUCAGUCUCCCUCCCGCAGCUGCCGCCCCAACAGAUCUUAUCAGGAAGGUGGAGAUACAGCCCGAGAAGGUCAGCCUCUACCUGGAUUCAAUCACCAAGUCAGAGGUUUGCAUCAAACUUCCUUUUGUCAGAGAUUACAAAAUGGCCCACUUACAGGAUGCUGUGGUGGAGGUGUUCGACUACUAUGAACCCACGAGAAAAGCAACAAGAACAUACAACUCGGACGUUCUGAACAUCAUGGACGUCUGCUCCUACUGUGGUGAAGACUGUCAGCGCUGCAGGCCGGGGAUCACUUUCGCAGUGACAUCUCGCUCAAUGAGCGGCGCCACUCACAGCUUGAGUUGCCUGUUUCUGGCAGUCACUGCUUUUUUUUUUGUAGUCUGAUUAGGUUCGAAUCUAGUUAAGAUAUAAUUAGAUGUAAUGGAUAUACUUCGAGAGGCAGAAUUUUAGCACGUACACACAUUGAAAUGCGCUGGAUACAAAUUGAAAUGUUUUUUUUUAUACAAUGAUAUACAUUUUUAUGAUUUUUUGACAAGUGAUUGUAAUAUUUAGAGGCCAUUCUGCGUUUUUGCUUGGUGCACGGGCCUUCUGCUGUUCACAGUGUCUUUUGUAUUGUUUUUGGAAAGAACGUAAAUUAGGUAUUACUGUCUUUGGAAACCACUCUGCUAAAUGUAAUUUAUGUAAUCAGCAUGUUGGUUUGAUAGCUUCAAAAGCAAAUAAAAUUGUCUAGUUCACGAAACCUGCCAUUCUCCAUA